AGUUUGUCAGCUCUCUAUUUUGCCUGCCAUUCAUCCUUUCGUUAUAUAGAAUAUUCUGUCUUCCUAGAUUGAUGAUGAAGCAGAAAAGCUUGGAAGCUCCGCUAUUGGCCACCGAAAACAGGAAAAGAUGGACAAGACCUCUGUGGUUCUUCCUUCCAUUCAUCAGCCUCUUAAUUGUAGGCUUUGUGUAUGCAAGCAACACAAACUUAUGGAUACAGAGAGGAGGAAAUGCAUACAAUCAUGGGAUUAAAGCCAGUGAUGAUGAGAAUAUUGUUAACUCAGAGGAAGGUGUUGUUGCAGCUGAUGAUGGUCGUUGUUCUGAGAUUGGUGCAUCAUUCCUUAGGCAAGGUGGUCAUGCUGUUGAUGCUGCAGUUGCAACAGCUUUGUGCCUCGGCGUUGUUAAUCCCAUGGCAAGUGGGAUUGGUGGUGGAGCUUUCAUGAUUGUUCGAUCUUCAUCGAACUCCAAAACUGAAGCUUUUGACUCGAGAGAAACAGCUCCUUCGGCUGCUUCAGAGAAUAUGUAUGCCGACAAUCCCAAAGCCAAGCUAGAAGGUGCACUUUCAAUGGGAGUUCCUGGUGAGAUAGCUGGUCUCCAUGAAGCCUGGUUGAAAUAUGGGCGUUUGGAAUGGAGGGAUUUAUUCCAACCUGCAAUAAAACUUGCGAAAGAUGGUUUCGUAGUUGCUCCUUAUCUCGGACAAUACUUAAUGGAAGAAUCAGAGAUGAUUUUGAAUGAUCCUGGUUUAAGACAAGUGUAUGCACCAAAAGAGAAGUUGAUGCAAGUGGGUGAAAUAUGCUACAAUGUGGAACUUGGCCAUAGUUUGGAGGAGGUUGCAGAAUUGGGACCAAAAGCCUUCUAUAAUGGUACAGUUGGUGAAAAACUUGUUAAGGAUGUGAAAGAGGCUGGUGGGAUUUUGACAAUGGAGGAUUUAAGAAAUUACAGAGUGAAUGUAACUGAUGCAAUGGCUGCAGAUGUUAUGGGCUACACUAUAUAUGGAAUGCCACCUCCAUCAAGUGGAACUUUGGGGCUUUCUCUGGUUAUGAACAUCUUGGAUAGUUAUGGAAAUCAUGAUGCUGCAAAGGGAAGUCUUGGUCUGCAUCGGUUGAUUGAAGCAAUGAAACAUAUGUUCUCCGUCCGAAUGAACUUGGGAGACCCUGAUUUUGUAAACGUUAAUACUUUUGUAUCUGACAUGCUUUCUCCAGGUUUGGCAAAGCAAAUCCGUGAAAAGAUACUUGACAAUACAACUUUUCCUCCAGAAUACUACAUGUAUAGGUGGAGUCAGCUAAGAGAUCACGGAACCAGCCAUUUCUGCAUUGUCGAUACAGAUCGAAAUGCUGUGUCGAUGACAACCACUAUAAAUUAUCCUUUUGGUGGAGGGGUGCUUUCUCCUUCUACAGGGAUUGUGCUCAACAAUGAGAUGGGUGACUUCUCAAUUCCCACAGAGAUGACAGUGGACGGUUUGCCUCCUGCUCCUUCAAAUUUUAUCAAACCAUUCAAGAGACCUUUAUCUUCCAUGACCCCACUAAUUGUCACAAAGGAUAAUCAAUUAGCAGGGGUUCUUGGAGGUAGUGGUGGUAUGAAGAUAAUCCCUGCAGUUGUCCAGGUUUUCCUUAACCAUUUUUUCUUGGGAAUGGACCCUUUAACUGCAGUAGAGAAUCCAAGGGUCUACCACCAGCUAAUUCCUAAUGUGGUGUUGUUUGAAAACUUUACGGUGUUCAAUGGCAAUCACAUUGAGGUUUCAGAGGAAAGAAAGCUUUUUUUGCAGGAGAGGGGUCAUCAACUUGAAACCCUGUCAAGGGGUGCUAUCACUCAGCUUGUUGUUCAAAGUCUUGGGAACCCCAUUAAGAUAGGCAGGAAAAGCGGAAAAGUUUCUAAUGCACAAAUAUUUCAUGGUACACUCACUGCUGUAAGUGACCUUAGAAAGGACGGUAAACCUGCUGCAAUUUGAUAUGCCAUAUUUUGAUGUCGAAAGAUGGGGGAACAUUUAUUGGUUUGACAUGCUUUCAAUUUCUAUGUUGAAAUUGUCUUUUUGUGUUUGCUUGAUAUUGGCUUAAGCUUCUGGGAUAGAUAAUAAUUUAAUAUAAUAUCAUAGUUUUGGUGGUUGUUA